UUCAUUUAUUACUAGUCUAUAACAAGAACAUGGCUCAGCAAUCUGCAGUGUCUUACCCACCACAAGGACAGGGAUACCCUCAGGGAGGACCUUAUGUUGUAGCUCCACCACCUGCUGGUUAUCCUACCAAGGAUGGCUAUGGCUAUGGCUAUGGUUAUCAACAGCAAGCUGGUGCUCCAGCUAAAACCAAGAGCAAGGGUGAUGGAUUCUGGAAGGGAUGUUGCGCUGCCUUGUGUUGCUGCUGUAUGUUCGAUAUGUGCACUUGAGGGACUGAUCAUGAGAAGAUAGAAUUUGGCUCCGCAGUUAUUUGU